AUGGCCCAAGGAUUACCAGUAUUCCCAUCAUUCAAUGUCACUGAAACAGCAGUGGACAGUCGCUGGAAAAAGUGGUUAGGUCGACUAGAAAUCAUGCUAGUUGGUAUGGAUGUCAAGGACGCUAAACGCAAAAGAGCGUUACUUUUGCACUACGCUGGUGAAGAUGUUUAUGACAUUUUUACAACACUUCCAGACGUCGAGGAAACGUUUGACGCUGCCAAGCAAGCACUAACCCAGUAUUUUGCACCCAAGAAAAGUAUUGAGUUCGAAGUGUACAAGUUUCGACAGGCAAAGCAAGAACCUCACGAAAACUUGGACAGUUUCCACACACGACUCAGAAAGCUUGGAGAACACUGCGAGUUUGCAAAUACAGACAAGGAAAUUAAGUCACAAAUAAUACAAGGCUGUACGUCAACAAGACUAAGGCGCAAAGCGCUCAGAUCAGAAAUGUCUUUAGACGAAAUAGUCAAAGAAGCGCGAUCUCUAGAACUAUCCGACAAAAACGCAAGCGAGAUAGAACAAUCAGCCAACCACAACAACAGUUACAACACCUAUGCAAUCAGGCAAAAGCGAAAACCAAACCAUCGUCAACAACGACAGUCUACCAACACUUUCCGUCAGUCACAACAGAAAACACGAAGCUGCAGAAACUGUGGUAAGGAGUAUCCGCACAUGAAUGGCCAAUGUCCCGCUGCCGGCAAAAUAUGUAAUUUUUGCAAGAAAAUGAAUCAUUUUGAGAUUGUUUGUCGUUCAAAGCACAAACAGUCUAAGCCAGUGCAUACAUUGGGUACCGAUAAUUGUUCAGACAGUGAAAUUUUGGACAAUGAUAAAAGCAGUAACGAAUUUGCAUUUGGACUUGCAAUAAAUUCAAACAAGCCAGACAUAUCAUGCAAACGACCUACAAUCAAAGUCAAAGUUGAAGGUCAUGCCCUAAAAAUGCUCGUAGACACAGGGUCAUCGAUAAAUGUCAUUGAUGAAAAAGCAUACAACGCCAUGAAACCGAAGCCAAAAUUAAACAAAACGGAUACGAAAGUAUACGCAUACGGUUCAAUUGAAGCUGUCAAAAUUAUGGGCCAGUUUCAAGCAAUGAUAGAAACCAAAGACAAGUUUACGACAGCCAUGAUAUACGUAACGAAAGGAAACAGUGGCAAUCUGUUAUCAUACUCUACAUCAGUGUCACUGCAAGUUGUUCCAGAAAUAUAUUCAAUGACAAGCAAAAGUGAAAUAUGCGAUAAAUUCCCGAAGGUAUUCACAGGAAUUGGGAAAUUGAAAGACACACAAAUUGAGUUAUUUGUAGACAAUACAGUUCAACCCGUUGUGCAACCACAUAGAAUAAUACCAUUUCACCUUCGAAAACAGGUGGAAAUUGAACUCAAAAGGCUCGAAGACAUGGAUAUAAUCGAAAAGGUAGAUGGACCAACAGACUGGGUAUCACCGAUUGUCGUAGCACCGAAACCGAAGAGCAAAAACAAUGAAAUACGUAUCUGUGUAGACAUGCGCCUUCCUAACGAAGCCAUUAAAAGGACUCGACACAUUAUACCGACAAUAGACGAUCUUAUUGUGGACUUAAAUGGUUCUAAAGUAUUCUCAAAAUUGGAUUUAAAUCAGGGAUACCAUCAACUUGAAAUCUCAAAGAAAUCACGCAACAUAACCACAUUCACUACACAUGUUGGUCUAAGACGAUACAAAAGACUAAACUUUGGAUUAACAUGUGCAUCAGAAGUUUUCCAAAAUGCAAUACGGACCUCACUUGAAGGACUUGAAGGUGUACAAAACAUCAGCGAUGACAUAAUCGUGUAUGGCAGUUCGCAAGAGCAACACGACCGUAGACUGGCAGCCGCCCUACGACGUCUACAGGAAAAAGGCCUCACACUGAACAAACAGAAAUGUGAAUUCAACAAGAAAACGCUUGAAUUCUUCGGCUAUAUUUUCAGUGAAAACGGAUUUUCUGCUGACAAGAAAAAGUGUGAAAUAAUCAAAAACACACCUGCUCCACAAAACGCAUCAGAAGUACGAAGCUUCCUCGCAAUGACAAACUAUGUCUCCAGAUUCAUACCAAACUACUCCACAACGACAGAACCUUUGCGAAUGCUCGUGAAGAAAGAUGUCAAAUUCGUUUGGGAAGAAAGACAGCAAAAUGCUUUUGAUAAACUCAAAUCGGAUCUAAGCAGUGAAACUGUAAUGACAUAUUUCGAUCCAAAAUUGACAACACAAAUUGUUGCAGAUGCAAGCCCCGUAGGCAUAGCAGCAAUCAUGCUGCAAGGAGGGAAAGUAGUUAGCUAUGCAAGCAAAUUAUUAACAGAUACCGAGAAAAGGUACUCUCAGACCGAAAAAGAAAACUUAGCUAUCGUAUGGGCAAUUGAACACUGGCAUAUAUACCUCUUUGGACACAAAUUCACCGUCAUAACAGACGCAAAAGCGCUUGAACACAUAUACAAAAACCCAAAGUCCAAGCCGCCAGCCAGACUGGAACGGUGGCGAAUGAAAAUGCAAGCUUAUGAUUUUGAUGUCAUAUACAAGCCAGGUGAAUCAAACAUGUCAGACUACCUAAGUAGGCACCCUGAUGUCACAAAGACGCAAGCAAGCAACGCAGGAAAAAUCGCAGAAGAAUACCUGUCAUUCAUUACAUACCAUGAUGUUCCAAAAGCGAUGACGUUGCAUGACAUAAUCAAUGAGACAAGCAGUGACAACGACCUACAACAGGUGAUGCAAAACGUCAGACAAUCCUCGUGGAAAUCAAAUUACAAAACAAAUACGGUACUAGAUACACUUGCACGUGUGAAAAAUGAACUGACAGUUGUGACGUUCAAAAACGGCGAAGUUCUCUUGCAUGGAAAUAGAAUCGUGUUACCUAAACAGUUGCAACAGAAGGCUAUUUCAAUAGCACACGAAGGACACCCAGGAAUAGUUAGGACAAAACAACUAUUGCGCGAAAAGGUGUACUUUCCAAAAAUGGACAAAAUGGUUGAGGACUUGUGUAACAGUUGUAUUCCCUGUCUCGCAGCAACUGAUAAAAACUCCAGGGAACCACUUCAAAUGACUGAAAUGCCAAAACAGGUAUGGGAUUCAGUGAGCAUGGAUUUCUGUGGACCAUUUCCUGAUGGAAAAUAUCUUCUUGUUUUGAUUGAUGACUUUUCAAGAUUCCCAAUUGUUGAAAUAAUAACAUCUCUUAAUGCAAAAUCAGUUAUUGAGAAGCUUGACAAAAUAUUCUCAGAAUAUGGAAUACCUGAAGUACUGAGAACCGACAAUGGACCGCCGAUGAAUAGUGCAGACUUUCAAAACUUUUCAAAACAAUUUGGUUUCAAACACAGAAAAAUAACCCCUAUCUGGCCUCAAGCAAACGGAGAAUGCGAGCGUUUCAUGAAAACAAUAGGAAAAGUAAUUCGUGCAGCAAAAACUCAAAAAGCAGAUUGGCGCACAGACAUGUAUGCAUUCGUACGCAACUAUAGAGCUACAAAACAUGCGACUACAAAAUACAGUCCAGCAGAACUAUUAUUUGGAAGACAGAUUAGAAUAAAAUUACCAUUUGCACCAUCGAAACCUUCAAAGAAAAAUGUGCAAGUCAAAGCUCGUGAAAAUGACGCAUAUCAAAAAGCUAAAAUGAAAUCGUACGCGGACGCAAAACGGCAUACAAAGCCGGUAACAUUUAACGUUGGCGACUCUGUACUUGUCAAACAACACAAAACAAACAAGUUCUCCACACCUUUCGACAGUCAGCCAUAUAAAAUUACAAAGAUAAACGGUUCGAUGAUAACAGCGAAAAGAGGAGACAAGUCAAUCACCCGCAAUUCGUCCUUUUUCAAGCUGAUAAGGCUACAAGACUCCGACAGCGAGGACGACUUCGACGACUUCUACCGUCCUGGCACUGUACGUACGGACGAACAAGAGCCUUCACAACCGAGACGUUCAUCGCGAAAUCGAAACCCCCCAGAACGUUUCCAAGACUUUGUGCAAAAGUGA